AAAAACUCUAAACUCCUCUCUCUAACUCACUUUGUUUUGUACUUUUUACAUCUUUUUCUUCAUCAUGUCUAACAAUGUUGUCAAUCCUCUUCUCCAUCUCAGAAAACGAUCCUAUACAGCAGUAGCAGAAAGUUUAAGGUCGCAAGUGGCAAAAACAGAUGUGGAGGUAGUGAAGGCUAAUAAUGUGAGUGAAUCAAGUUCAGUGGCAAAAAAAGAAGGAACGGUAUUUUGGAUGAGACAUCCUAAGACUGGAAACUGGAUUCCAGAAAAUCACUUUGAAGAGGUUGAUGCUGCAGACCUCAGAAAUAAGAUGCUGCCAAAAAGAUCACAAAACCAUUGAAACAAUUUAUAAGAAAAAUGCAUCGAAAUGGAUUUGAAAUCCAUGUGUAUGAACAAGUGCUGCUACACUAAAUAUCUUAAGUAAUUUCUCGGACAAACAAUAUAUAUUAUUAGCUUUAAAAAUGUCACUCUGACAAACGGUCAAUAGAGAUCGAAUAGACUCCCAUAAAAUGACAAAUCAAAAAUAUCACUUUAAAAUUUGUUUUUAGGCUUCAAUAUGUAAUGAUUCGGUUGUGUGAGAACCUACAAAUGAUUUUGCUGAAGUUUGGAUUGUUUUACCCUUCAAAAGUGCUUUCCCAGAAACUUAAAUAGAAACUUGGAGGAUCAUGCGAUCCCUCUAUGUAUUGGUCUAUAGAAUCUUGCAAAUUGAUACUAGUAAGGAUGAUAACAAUUAAUGCUUGCAUAAAUCCUAACUUGUUUCUCUUUUCUUACAUUUUCUGAAGAUACCUAAUUUCACA